CUCUAGGUUGCCGUAGCCAGGACCAGGCGCAUGCUCAUUUGCGCUUCAUUCCGAAAAACAAUGGCGUCCUCCUUUGCUGUGUGCAGGUUACAUAUGAGAGGAAGGGCCAGCCUCGCGAAGUGCCUACAGAAAACCGACGCGUUUCUUCACAGGAGUAUAGGAACAGACGUCGUUGUUGCCCAAGCUGAGGCCACUCGAAGUGACGAAAGUGAUGAAAAGAAUGGAAGGAAGUCUCUGCACACUCUCCACGUGGAGAGACAAGAGCAAGCAGAGAGGUCUGUUCUCAUCAGCUGUCAAACCAGUACCAAUGAGAAAAAGUUCCUCAAGUAUUUAACAAAACAUGGAGAAAUCAAUAAAUACUUCUUUUAUGAAAGCUAUGGCGUGUAUGCUGUAGUGGAGUUUGCCAACCAGGAAAGUGUUGCGUCUUUACUUGAAGGGGUGGCAAUUCCUGGUGGCAGCCACGAAUCCGCAGUGCCUUUCAAAUCCAGACUGUUGUCACUCAGAAACCUCGGCUCGGUGGACUCAUCAAACCAACUGUCAGGCUGGCAGUGCCAACCUCAGACCACCAUUCCCAUCAAUGAGCUAAUAAAGAGACUUUCCAGAGAAGAGAGUAUAAAAAAGCAGAUAAGCUCCUUGACUGAAGCCUAUCAACUCACAGAGGAGAACAGCAGGCUGCGUUUCCUUGUCUGUUCCCUGCUCAAGGAUAUUGCUACCGCUUAUUUUCCAGAAUGCACCAUCAAACCCUUUGGCUCAUCAGUGAAUGGCUUUGGAAAGCUUGGCUGUGACCUGGACAUGUUGCUUGAUCUGGACAGCAUCAGUGGACGCAAUGUGAAACUGCCUAAGUCAGGCCUCUCCCUGGAGUACCAGAUGAAGCGGGCCAAUUCAGAGCGAGCCGUCACUCAGAGCAUCCUGUCUGUGAUCGGGAAGUGCGUCGACCAGUUUGGGCCUGGCUGCGUGGGGGUACAGAAAAUUCUCAACGCACGGUGCCCUCUGGUUCGUUUCGCCCACCAGCCGUCUGGCUUUCAGUGUGACCUCACAGCCAACAACAGGGUGGCGAUGAAGAGCACGGAGCUGCUCUACCUGUAUGGAGAGCUGGACCCUCGGGUGCGCAGCCUGGUGUUCACUGUGCGCUGCUGGGCCCGAGCUCACGGAGUCACCAGCAGCAUCCCUGGGGCUUGGAUCACCAACUUCUCCCUCACUGUCAUGGUGCUGUUCUUCCUGCAGAAGAGGAGUCCUCCCAUCAUCCCCACACUGGACCACCUGCGUGACCUCGCAGGCCCCGCGGACAAGAGCGUGAUCGAGGGGAACGACUGCACGUUUGUCAGCGACUUCAACAAGAUCCAGCUUCAGAGCAACACAGAGACACUAGAGCAAUUGCUGGGUGAGUUCUUCGAGUUCUACGCUACCUUCCCAUUCAGCCGGAUGUCCUUAAAUAUCAGAAAGGGCAAAGAGCAGAACAAGCCCGAGGUGGCUCCGCUGCACAUCCAGAACCCGUUUGAAACCUCUUUAAAUGUCAGCAAGAACGUCAACGCCAGCCAGCUCGACCGAUUCGUGGCUUUGUGUCAGGAGAGCGCCUGGCUGCUCCAGCAGAGUGAAACCAGCACACCAAGAGGUAGUGGUGUGGGAGACGAAGGUGCUCCCACACCUUGGGGACUCGCUACCCUCCUUCUGCCUUCGCAGGUCGCAGGGAUCAAAAGUCGAAAGAAAAGGAGGAGGGAGCCAGCCAGUGAGAGGAUCAAGGGCUUGCUAGAAUCAUUGAAAAAUAAAAAUCAACUAAAGAAGAGCUAGAAGGACUCUUCCAUGUCUCCACUCUCUUGUCAGGACUUCAAGCUCCUCUGCGUUGCUGUGUGAUGCUUCACCGUGAAGGUGAGAGAAGAGGCUCCAGGAACUGGACUGUAGUUCCAAACAUGGACACUGGAGGGUGUUAGUGAGACCUAUAUGUGCAUAUGUUUUGGGACCUGAAAUAAGGGAGUCUUGGCCAUGCAGGCUGUAGACUGUAGACUUUCCCAUUCUGUUAUGAUUAAAAACAAUAGUGUUGAAUUCAGUCCGGCCUGAUGCUCGUUUCGUAGCUCAGACAGUGUUUCACAGGUUAAUUUGAUUCAUUAUCAUGUACAUCACUGUUAACAGCAUCAGCACAGACACCAUCUGUUUACACUUCAGGCUAAAUCAUUAUGCAUACAGUUACAAUGUGGAUGGAAUAAUUAAGGUUUUACUGAAAACUGUAUACACUAGUUACACUUAUGGAGCCCCAACACGAGUAAAGGCAGCCGAAGUGUAGCUAAAUACAUCAGAAUCAUUAAUACUAAAUAACCAUGGAAAGAAAUUUAAUAGUUUUUAAAAUUAUCCAUGUCUGAUAAAAUAAAUUCUAAAAUUUCA